UACCCACUGUCUACAAAGUGGAGUGGGGUGUGGGUACUGCAAAAAGUGGUUUAAAUGUUGUUGCCACGGCCAAACUGACGAUGCGCCGCGUCCGCUGAGCCUCGUGUCCGCAGCCGUGAGAUCCGUGAUCCCCAGGUCCGCGCUCUGGGCAUCCGGAAAUUCCCCAACGAGCAAAUAGUCCGACUGUUUUCUGUUCGUUUGCAAUUGGUUUGCAUUGACAGACCAGGCAAACAAACAAACAAACAAACACACUGAAGCAUCGGGAUUCUAUACACAUAAAUAGAAUAGAAACAGAAAAGUAGAUAGACAUCCUCUCUGGCCCCAUUGGAUUGCGGAUCAGAUCAGCGCGCCAUGUCGCAGGUGCUUAGCCCCCACAAACAGGGCGUGGCGGAGGCGGAUGCGUUGGACUACACGAACAGCAGCUCGAUCAUCGAGUUCCUGGCCAAAGAGCAGGACUGCGGCGGAAUACUGAACGAUCCGGACCCGGAGUCUAUAUUCCAGGAGGUGAGUCGCCUGUCCGACAGCACAGACAUGCGAUCCGUGGAUGAAUUGCUGCAGGAAGCGGAGCGCCUGAUCCAACAGCAGUUGCGUCUCGGCGGUAUUGUUCCGAAACUGGACGCUUCAGGGCCUCUUGCUCCGCCCAAAAGUCUCGGAGAAGAAGCUGCCACCGGUGGUGAUGGCUCUUCAUCAUCCCCGCAAUCCUCGCCGCACAGCAGCAUACGUCUGAAUACACGCUAUACCCAUCGCAUCGAGCAUUUGCCCGUUCCCUUGGCGCCAAAAACCGUCGCAGUCAAUGGCAGAGUCCGGCCCAGAUCCGGUUCCAAAUCGUCGGCCUCGCCAACAUCGGUGCAGACGCCGCUAGAGAGCAGCAAUGGAUGCGGCUUUGCCGCCUUCGUGGAUAACCUACCAUCGGAGUCGGUCAUCUCCGAGGAGUCCACGCCAAAGGAUAUGGACAUAGAGAACCGUACGGCGGCCAUGGCGAAGCUGCAUCUUCAGCAACUCCAGGAUAAUACCGAUGACGACGAGGAUACGAUGGAGGAGAUCACCGAAGCGGAGGUGGACGCCCCCACAUUUUCGCAGGCUGAGGACCCUGGCAAAGUGGUCAGGAGUCCGCCUGGAAGUCAGUUUAAGAGUCAAGGGCGUUCUUACAUCGAGUCCAGUCAGUCCAUUCGACCGAUGGCCAGCUACAGCGAGAAGGCGGUGGGCAGCUCACCCAAGCGCAUGGUCAGCACCUUGACCUCACCCAUCGAACAGAUCGCCUGCAGUGUUUCGCGGGAGCAUGCGCUCAAGCUGGAGAUCGAGCAACUGCAGGAGCGACUCAAGGACACCGAGGAGCGUCUGGCCUCCGUUCGCCUGCAGAGCGACUCACUGUCGCAGACGCAACGUGCGCUCCGGGAGCACAACAGCAGGCUGCAGGAGGAGUCCGAGAUGCUCAAGCUGGACGUGCAGCAUCUCAAUGAGUGCGCCAAUGUCUUGAGGUCGGAAUUGCAGGCGGCUCGCAGGGAUCGUGGUGAGGCGCUCCAGAUGCAGCGCUCCCUGCGCGAGGAACUCGAGGAGGCGCACCAGGAGCGACGGCGAACUGGAGAGGGCAAGGAGAAAGACAGCCGCGUCAUCCAGGACCUGCAACGCCAGUGCCGCGAGAUGGAGCGGAUACUGAUGCGCAAGCAUCCGGACUCCGUGUCCGCUCUGAUAGUGGCGUCCAAGAGUUCGGGCAUGUGUCCGCUUAACGACCAGGAGAACGUGAAUAGUCGCAAACUGCUGGAGCAGCGCAUCGCCCAGCUCGAAUCGGAUGCCAAGGAGCAGGAUCGCAAGGCGCAACAGAUUCUGGCCAAUGUCCAGGCGCGCUUCAACUCGGUGCAGGCCAAAUAUGAAACGCACAUCGCGGACCUGGAGACGCAGGUUUUAAGCCUUCAGGAGAUCAACACAAAACUAAACGAGCAGAUAGAAUCACAGGUGCGCACCUUAGAUCGGUAUAUGCAAAAGAGGGCGGAUAGAUACUACAACAAUUGCACCCAAACUGAGCCAUUAGAACAGGAUGAUGUAUCAGUCAGCGGUGAAGUAAACCACGGACGAGCUACUCCGGUUAGCUCGAACACAAUGGGCACCCAAACCCAGGCGGCGAAUGGAACGCGGGAUCAUAGUACCAAUACCAUUGGCUGCCCCUCGCCGGCGCUUGUGUGCCAGCAGCAGCACCUCCACCACGCGCAUGGCCACCUCCAUCCACAUGCCCCGUCCGCAAGCAGCAGCACCAGCAGCACGGCCAAUUCCACGCCGAACACGUCGCGCCCGAACUCGAAGCAAAGUGGCGGUCAAAGGCGUUCGCCACUGGUCACCGCGGGCCCCUCUAAGCUGCCCAUCUCGCAGUCGGACUCAACGCUCUCACUGCUCAGCCAUGGCGGCGGAGGAUCCAAGGAGGAGGCACAGUUGCUCAGCUCCGUGAGGAGUAUGCGCGUGGAUCUGGCCAUUAAAAACAAGGCAAUGCAGCGUCUAACGCGAGAGCUGGAUGAAUGCAAAAAGACCAUACGGAAGCUGCAGCGGGACAAGGAGGGUACUGGCUCCGGCAGCCAGACAGGCAGCAAACUGGAUCUGAGAUCCCAGGCCAGCGGCGGAUCCCUGCAGAGGCGCUCCAGUGGCUACGAUCACCAUCACCACGGCGACCACAUUCCGGCGGCCACCGAAAGUCAGGCUCUGAAGGAGGCCCAAAACAAGUACCGCCUGCUGGAGGCCGACUAUAAAACUCUUCAUGACAAGCGGCUGCAGGAUCUGAAGACCCUGCAGAGUGCUCACGAAAGGGAACUGGCCUCCUGCAACGAGACCGUGCGGAUCCUGCAGCAGCGCCUCAACGAGCGGGAGGAGGCACUGACCACCCAGAAGCGGCGCAAGGUGCCCGUGGACUACUAUGCCCUGAAAGCCAAGGUAUCGCUUUUGGAAAGGAGGCACUCGGAGCGGGAGGAGAGGCUUCAUAUGCUGGUGGAGGCACUCAGCAAAGGACGGCUCAACGGAGCUCUCGAGGAUCUGAUGCAGGAGAACAACAACAAGUAGAGGAGUUAAAAGCGUUUAGGAUAUUACUUAAGCCACAUUGCCACGUUCAAUGCCAGCCAAUUCGAUUAGAGUCCGUCUAAGCAGAAAAACAUCCAAUGAUAAAAACAAUUUUAGCCAGAACAAAAAGCAGGGGUUGGUAGCAAAGGGUCCGAGCACUUGCUGCCAGGUUGGAUUGCGUCUACAAAAGAUGAAACUCUAACUGACGCACCUGCGAUUUUCUCAAACCAAAUUCAAAUGUGUUCAAAAUGGAAACAAUAAGUAUAUCGACAAGUGAUCAGUUAGCCAACCAUUUAUUUAUAGGCUUAAGAUCUUUCCCAACAAAAGCUGCAAUUCAAUCUGGCGGCCAAGGCCAAUCGGAAUCCAUUUCAUGGCCCUUUGCUCACCAAGGAUAUUUAAUGAAACAGAACUAGAUUAAAGUUAUUGUAGUUCUUAGAGCAGAAUGUAUUUUAAAUAUCAGUGUUUCGAUGUAGAAAUUGAAUGGUUUAAACCACGUUCACACAACUUAGAAAGAGAUAGCGAUGGCGGUGUGAAAGAGAGCGAGCCAGUUGGAUGCUUCAUGGAAAUGAAAGAGAGGUAGUUUUUGGAAAUGAAAGUUGUACUAGAAAUAAGUAUUUUAUGUAUAUAGAAUAUCGAAGUACAGAAAUUCGAAGCGAUCUCAACUUGAAUAUUAUAUAUUUGAUUUAGACGAAAGGUGCUGUACGGGCACAAUUAAUUUUACCAACCUAGCAGUCGAUUUUUUUUUACCUAACCCAAUUAUUGUGCGUUUAUGAUAGAGAACUUUGAAAAAGUUAAAAACAAACUAAGAACCAGGGACCGUAAAUAAGGUUUAUUUACACCCCUUUCCCUACCCUAAACAUCCCAAAUAGGCAGAUAUAUAAGACACCAAUAUGCUAACAUGUCGACCACCUAUACAGAAAGUAUAAAUGUAUUUCAAAACUUGAUGACAUACCGAAAUUAAGAACGAAAGAAAUUCUAUAGACUUCUCUAAGAGUAGACGAUAUUUCCACGUUAAUUCUAUUAUAAGCAAUGCAAAGUUCAUCCAGUAUUUAUUAUAUAUAACUUUUGUUAAAAUUGACAUUUUUUUUGGAUACUUAAUGAUUACCGAGUGAAUUUUCGAAAUACUACGGUCCCUGUUAAAAGAAUGAAAUGGAAUAGUACUAGAUCUCCCAUAAGUAAAAACUCAAGCAGGCGGACAAUUAAGACAAAAACCAAAUAAAAAUUCCCAGUAUUCCAA